GUUUCUAAUUGUAUCUAAUUAGUCUUUAAUAUUCUUUGUUAGAAAAUGAAAAGAAUAUCCUAAUAUAGUCAUUAAAUGAUAUCUCAUUAUUUAUUAAAAUUACUAACCAUCAUUCAUGAAACACACAGAUCGGUUAAAUUUUAAUAAACAUAAUUGAAAAACAGUCUUAACAAACAGCUAACAUUGAAAGGAGCCUAUUUCAUCCCAGACAAUACUAAAGUGAUACACACACGACUAAGUAGAAGCCCUGUGAAUUAACUUAAAUACUAAGUCAAUCAAUAAAAUAAAUCCAUUUUCAUAGGUGAAUAAAGUUUAUUAGUAUUUUUGAUAGAUAGUAACAUAUAGCUGUAAGCUUAAAAGUGUUUAACCAAUGAUUCGGUACAGUAGGAAACCUAAUACAAAAGCGCUGAAGUUUCUAAACCAUCUUGAACAUCAAAUUUCUGUUAAUACGAAUUGGAAUAUCUAGAACGCUUUCUUGAUUUUGACUGAUAAAAUUUAAUGAGAUAAAUCUUAUUUUUAAUUCUGUCAGUUUUUUCGUAUGUUUUAUAUUUGAUAAGGCAACAAAUCAAAAUGAUAAAAUGUACAAGACCAACCAUAGAAACUUAACUAAUAUCAAUCUAUUGUUAUCUAAGUGAACAGCUACAACGCAGCUAGACGAUCUAGACUUUGCGGAUGAUCUGGCUCUUCUAUCAAACACGCAACAAUAAAUGCAGGAGAACACGACCAGUGUAGCACCAGCCUCAGCAGCAGUAGGUUUCAUCAUAAACGAAGGGACAAGCAAGAUUCUCCCAUGCAACACAACAUGCACCAGUCGAAUCACACUUGACGAAGAAGCUGUGGAAGAUAUAAAAACCUCUACACAUCUGGUCAGAAUCAUUGAUGAACACGGUGAAUCUGAUGCAGAUGUGAAGGCAUGGGUUAGUAAACCAAGAAAAGCAUAUCUACAGUUGAAGAAUAUCUGGAACUCAAAACAGCUGUCAACCAACACCAAGGUGAGAAUUUUCAAUACUUCGGAUCCGUUGGCCAGACACUAUCAGCAACAACCUACUGUGGGAGAGAACAAGCCAGAUUGGAGCGGAGGACGAAGUCAGGAAGAAGUGCUGGAAGUGGAUAAGAUACACAUUUAGAAAAUCACCGAACUGCGUCACAAAAAAAUCCGUCACUUGGAAUCCUUUAUACUAAAGGGAAGGAGGAAGACCAAAGAACACAUUACGCCGAGAAAUGGAGACAGACAUGAGAAGAAUGAAGAACGAUCAGAUAGAACUAGAAAGGAAGGCCCAGUACAGAGUUGGCUGGAGAAUGCUGGUCGACGGCCUAUGCGUUAUUGGAGGUAACAAGCCUAACCAUGUUACGGAUGGUUCGAUUGGAGAACUACUGGCAACUAGAAAUCACUGGACAUCUGCUUCUUCAUAGUCUGAGACAUCUCAGUAGCAUACAAUCACCAACCCAGGCAACCACUCGAACCCAUGACCUUCAGUUAUCAUAUUAUUAGGCAGCUAACUAAGUAUCCAGUAGUACAUACUCUUCUUGAUAACUGAUUUGGAGUGAAAAUUACCAGAAAUCUUGUGGAAUCCACUCCAGUAAUUAAUGACUACGUUUUCACUGACAAGUUUCAAGACGGGUUUCUUAUGAAUGAAAUAGGAAGCUGUGAUCUAUGAAGUCAACCAGUACAAAGGUAAACAAGAAACAUUUGAGUGUCACUAAUUAAAGUUAACUUUAGAUUACAUAUUAACUAGCCAUUAAUCUGUAGACGAUUAUAUUGGAUCGCACUAUUUCAAAAAUAUCCUAGUCACUACAAGAUUCAUAAAUAUUGGGUUCAGAGCCAUAUUGAACCAUGCGUUUAGUCUUUGCAAUUCAUUUUGAGUUCAUCAUAAAAUCCACCUUCAAUACAUUUUAUUAUAAUAAUACUUCGGGUGUAUUUUAAAUGACUUAUUUUACUGGUCAUUCCGGUCCCCCACAUUGUCAGGACGUUCCAUGUAC